CGCCCUCUCGGCCGACACACAGAAGACCCGCAUGCCGUCUGGAGGGCCUCACGACGCUCCCGUAGGUCCUUGAUGGCGCCCUUCAUGUUGGCGUUUGCAGGAAGGGCAGCGAGGAGUUUGCAGCGAGGGGAGGUGCUGGCCAGUGGGCGGGAGGCGGCCGGACACGCCCCCCCAAGGUUGUGGUGCCGGGAUUGGCGGGGUCCGCGGGUGAGUGGCGGGGGCCGGGCGGGGCGGCGGAGGGCGGCCAGUCGUUGGUGUGCAGCUGCGGCGCGAACACGGGACGGCGCACUCAGCAGGAUCAUGUUGUCGGUGGUGUGGAGUAGGGCAGAGAGUGGAGUGAUUAGUGGUCAGGUGUAGAGCCAUGUGGCGGCUCCCGUGUGGCCCCCAGAGCCUUGGGUCCCACUAGUCGGGCCGCCCCAGCACGCUGGACAUGUGCCCUGGGUGGUGGGCGGGUCGCGGCUGCCUCCUCGGAGUCCUUCUGCUGCUGGCGGGCGGCGCGCCAGCCCCCGCCGCCCUCAGCACCACGCCCGGGGCCCCAGGGGCAUCGCCCUACCCCUCACAUCACCCGCCGAGGCACCGGCAUCACUUGGAAGGCGAGGCAUCCUGGGUCCCCCGGGCGCGCCGCCCCCCGCCGCCUGCGAACGAGGCAGCACCCCCCACGCUGGACAGGCAGGUGCUGCCGCCCCUGGUGGCUGGGCCCACGGACCCCCCCGGGAUCACGGCGCCGGACCCCCAGCAUGAUGGCCAGGCAGCCCCGCAGCACGCCCUCCAACAUCACUAGGAAUUUCAGCCCACCACCACAAGCUUCGUCACCAGCUGUACAGCGAGAACUCCAACAGCUUCCUGAAGCUGGCCACCGACGGCACCGUCAGCUUCAUCGAGAACAAUACUGACCCGCACACCCUGCUCCACGUGAAGCCCAUGCCUGACGGGGUGCUGGAGCUGCAGAGUCAGGCCACGGGACUCUACCUCUGUAUGAACAAACACGGCUUUCUAUACGCCAGCUGUAACCGGACCGCGGAGUGUGAGUUUGUCCGCAAGCUGGAGGACACCUAUUACGACACCUUGCGGAGCCACCCCUACAGCAGGCGGUACCUGGCCAUCUCCACCAGUGGCCGCAUCAAGCGUGCCCGCGAGGUGAAGGAACACCUGGGAAAGGAACAUUUCUUCCUCUUUCCCCCACUGCCCAGGAAGAGAACCAACAGUAUCAUUAAAAAGUACCAGAAGCAGCUGGGCCGACCGCUCCAGCGCUGUGCUGGGUACAACGAGUACAGCGUGGCGGUGGCGGGAGACCCUCGCGAUGCAGGGCAGAGGGUUACUGAUGUGACCACCACCACCACCACUACAACCACCACCUCUACUACUACAACUACCACCACCACCGCUCUCCCCACAACGACCGUCACCACCGCUCCUCGCAGCCCCAGCUCGGCGCGGCGGUGUCGCAAGGUCAAUGGGAAAAUGAGGUGUCGGCGGUGCAGAACUGUGAAGGGUAAGAGAAAGUGUAGAAAGAGUCCGAAAAGAUGUAAGAAUAAAAAAUGCAAAAGAAAACGAAAGAAACAAAAGCGGCGAAAAAAAGACGAGGAAAAGCGAGAAACGAGAAUUAGGAAGAGGGGAGAGCGACGCAGGAAGGCAGGCACGUCCUCCUCACCGCAGGCCGGGGACAGGGGACGCAGGAAGAAGGUGGAGGGCAAGUCUGAGGCCGCUGCUGGCCGAGGAUCACACUCGCGGCGGACCUCGCAGAGGCGGCGGCCGUCAGGUGGUGGCGGCAGCCGCCGGCUACGGCACCAGCGCCGCCGUAACAAGACUGCCCGUUCCUCCAUCACCACCACCACCACCACCACUACCACCCCUAAACCCCCGUCCCAGCGGAGGGGUUCCAAGACGGCCAGCGGCUCCUCCAAGGCCGGGCUGGUCCCGCUCACACGCCCCCCCCGACGGCCCUUUCCUCCGGCGCCCUCGUCCGCCCGCCCGUACCGUGUCCGCCACGGCCACAAUGCUGGGCGAGGGCGGCGGCCACGGGGGCGCCGCAGGCCUCUCACCUCAACUGAUGCUUAGUGUAUAUACUCCUGCUAUACCCUUUGUUAUGUAUAUAAUCGUAAAUAUUAUCUGUAAAUACAUAGAAUUUAAACGUAUGAACCAAGUCCAUAGAAAAUGGACUUAAUUUAUUUGAUUUUAUUUAUUGUUCAAAUUGUUUCCCCCUGGAAUCAAAGGUCGACCACAAUGUAUGCGCUUGUCAAUCUUAGUCAGUGUGUGAGGACUGGUGCUCGUCCCGGCCGCCGAGAGAAUGGUGCUACCUUACCCUACCCUGUGCCAUACACUCGCCAUAAUGCAUCUUCAACUGGAAAAGUUGAAAAUCAGCUUAGCAUGUGUAAUGCAACAUAUCAGUGUCUUAGGUCAGUUAUUAAUGACUGCCACAUGCCGCAGCAUGUGUUUUGAAAAAAAAAAAAAUGUGUGCCAUAUUAGGAAGUAUGUGUGUAAGGAUGAGAUGCGUGUGAGACUGUGAGGAAGAUCGCGAUGGCCAGAUGUCCCCAUCAGAAGACUGCCGUGGUGCCCUGAGUUUUCAGGAAACAAUAAAUGUUUUAGUGACAUAUUACUUAAAGGAAACAAUCAUAUUUCCAUUAAUCAGUGGAGGUUUCUUAGUCAGCUAUUUGAAAACUAAUAGUUAUCAAUCAGUGCUAAAGAUCACUUCAUCCACUUAAACAAGCUGCUGUCCUCUGGAGCCACAGCCCUGGCGAGCAGUCCAUUGUUUGCCAGGUGGCUGUCACUUUCCUCAACAUCAGCAGCAGCAGCAGCAGCAGCAGCACAUGCUAAAGUCAUAGCUUGAAGAGGGUUAACGUCAAUUCAUACAAGGCAGAGCCUCCUUGUAUUUCCCAUUGCUCACAACACAGCAGGGCAGAGUAGCUGUAGAGUCACUCCUGUCCUGGGCUGUGAGGUCUGGAGGCUAUUUUGCUCAUAUGGCAUUGUCCCACGCCUGAGGAGGCCCCAGCGCCAGGCCCCCGGCUGCUGCCUCUCUCUCCCACCUAACACUGGUAGCAACAGUUUGGGCGGCAGUAAAGGGCAGAGCAAGGUAUUACCCAAGUAAUGGAGAUCUACCACAACAUAACGUGGACGGCCACACCAACACUAUCUGAGUGUGGCCUGCUGUGGCCAUGCAGUGACCUCCACACCUGGAGCUCUGGGUCACUCCCUCCCGCCCCUGUGCUCAUGCAGCAGCCCGGGUGCUGGUGCUGCUCACAGGCAUGGUCAGGCCCUUGGUGGUCUGUUGGUGCCUGUAUCCACCCAGGUUGACCCUCCCCCAGUCUAGUCACUUAUGUCUCUGAGAGUCAGCCUGGACCUCUAGUAGAACGUCAGCUGCUCCUGUGCUCCCUUGCCUCCACACAGCCCUCUCCUGCACUUUCACAUGUAAUUCAUUGCCAACAAAUUUACAAAUGUGUAAAAAAUAAAAUCAUAAUGCAUUUCAGAUCUUUGCAUGGAUCAGUUUUCUUUGAGUUUAUUGCCUUAGUGACAGGCAUCUACUGUGUGCAAGAGGCUGAGUGGCAGGCAGUGGGGCAAGGCUUGUUCUCCGCCUCAGUGCCCCUUUGUGCAGGGUAACUCACCACCCUAAUGUGUGUGUUAGUAGUCUAGCAAGUGGCUCAUAUCCAAAGUUGUAAAAGAGAAGUAUGUUGGUAGAGAGGCUGGUAUUUUAGACUAAGCUGAGUCAAAUCUGUCAUGAAGAAACACAAGGCUUUAAGAUGGUCGCCAUUAAAGUACAUAAUUGUUACCGUCAGUCUAAAUUUCUACAUUUUUGAAUAUAUAAAAUUUCAAACUAUCACUGCUCCAACUCAAGGUAUCUUUUUAAAAAUUCUACUGAAAAGGCUGAUUUGUACAAAACACCAAUUCAGUAGUUAAGUGUAAGUGUAGUGUGAUUUAUGCUGCUCAAUAGUCAUGUCUGGUGAGAUGACAAACACUCCUCUACCUUUCCCACCCCUUCCAGGAUACUACCUUUGAAACACACACAUACACAUCGCCAUCUUUUGUGGACUACACACAAUUACCUCAUGUGCACGUAUCUACUUAACACAAGGAAGGCACUGCAGAGUGUACCAAGAGUGAACCUGGUGCACCAAGAACCCAUUGUUUACCAUGUGUCUUGCCUUGUAACUCACAGUGUACUUAAUGUGAAAGAAUAACUCAUAUGUGCAUAGGUAAACACGUUUAUACAUUAGUCAUUUAAUGUGUAGUAUACAUGCAGAUGUCCACACUUCAAAACAGCUCAAACACAGACAGUACAGUUAUAUUUUCAUAUUUUUGUGUCGUGUUAACAUAAUAAAAGAGCACAAUAUACAUGAGGCAUUAACAGCACAUCAGUUGGCGUUCUUACAUUUUAUUAUAAUUAUUUCCGAACAUGUAGAUAUGUCAAUGAUAAAGGUAAACAAAAG